CCGCCCAGCGUCUGACUCCCCGCCCGCCUCCUCUUCUCCCUCACACAACAUGGCUACGCGCAGGGGUCGUUCGCGCUGCCGCUCCCAGGCGGACCGAGCCUCCCGCGGAACGCCCGAGCAGCCGAGCGGCGCGGGCGGCACCUCCCUGCUCGCCAGCGCCACCACCUGGCCACUGAAGCGCUACGGCCGCUUCCUGUCCCCGACGGACAGCGAGGACGGGGAGCGAAGCGGCCACUCCUGGAAGGUUUUUGAAUCGAACGAGGAGUCUGGUCAUCUUAUCCUUACCAUUGUUGUUUCUGGCCAUUUCUUUAUUUCCCAAGGAAGAACAGUGCUGGAGGGCUUCUCAUUAAUUGAUUCCCAGAAGUGGCUAAGGAUAGCAAGACGAGCAGACUGCCUGCUGCUCCAUGCUCAGUCAAAGCAGAACGAAUGCCGCAUGUUUCGAGUUCAGUUUGGUGGAGAUUCAGAAGAGCAGAUGCUGGAACACUGCUGCAGCUGCGUUCAGAAACUCACAGAGUAUGUGCCGGUUCACGAAGCUUAUGAACUAAGCCAGAACCUCUGUUACACUCGCAGCCAAGUGGAGGAUACUGAACAAAGUACAUCAGUACAACGUGCACCAGAUGAGCCUCUGCCAGAUUCCUGCACAAACUUUGGAGAAAGAAGAUCUACAGUGCAGCUAGCACAGGUAAAAAGGAAAAAAAAAAAAUUUAGGAUCCCGUCUGUGCUGAAUCAGAAGUUUGAGCUGCCCCUGGUGUACCGGCAUUCAGCAUGGAGCGCGCAAGAGCUGGGACCCUUCAUCCGCUUAUGCCUGAUGGACCAACACUUCCCAGCGUUUGUGGAGGACGUGGAGAAGGAACUGAAAAAACUGACGGAAGGCUGA